GCGGCGCCCACGCCCUCCGCGCGCCGCCUCCCCUGCAUGGCACAAACUUUCCUCCCGGGACGCCGCACGCUGUCUCGGGGAGCCCGCGCCUUCGCCGCCGCCGCGGAUCGGGAAAGCUGCCGAAAUGGGUUGUGGCUUGAACAAGCUGGAGAAACGCGACGAGAAGCGGCCUGGGAAUAUUUAUUCAACUCUGAAGAGGCCUCAGGUAGAAACCAAGGUGGACGUGUCCUAUGAAUACUGUUUCCUAGAGUUCACGACCCUGAGUGCAGCGGAGCUCCCCAGGUCCUCGGCGGUGAGGCUGACCUCCCUGCGGGACCUGCCUAUCCAGCUCCUGGAGCUUUACCAGCAGGGCUUCUCCCUGGCUGCCCUGCACCCUUUCGUGCAGCCGACUCACACACGGGAGAAGAUACCCCUCGAGCACAUCUUCAGGGCCAUCUUGGUCAAGAAAACGGACAGAUCUCAGAAAACUGAUCUUCACAAUGAAGACUACAUCUUGGAAUUAGAUUGCUGUUCCUCCUUAGACCACCAAAAACUCAUCCCAGACUUCGUUAAGAAGGUCCAGGAUGCAGCAAGCCGGGGCCUGAAGUUUGUAGGUGUUAUUCCUCAAUACCAUGCUCCUGCGAAAUCAGUGGGCAGCAGCCUCCCUACGCCCCCUGCUAGGGAUGCAGAAAACACAUGUGGCAAUCCUGCAGCGCUGGAGAAUGAGGACCUGGGCACUGCUGAUGUGGAUAUUGCUCCCGCAAGGCUGGAUGGAAGCCCAGAACCCAGCCCGGGCCCUAUAGAGGAGGCAUCUCAUGCCCAACACUCCAGUUCACCUUUGGGAGAGGGCGAGGGUGGAGACUUUUCCCUGCAGGGGUCAAGCCUGGAUGGACCAGAAGGUGACCCCUCAGAUGGACCCUCGGGGAAAAUGGAGAUCUUCGCCCUGUUCAACAGACCGAAGAGUCAUCCGAAGUGCCGACAGUACUAUCCAGUCACCAUUCCUCUCCGGGUCUCCAAGAACGGCCAGGCGGGGAGCAGCCUGGAUGCCAACUGGUUAGAACACAUGAGUGACCACUUCCGGAAGGGUGGCAUGCUGGUCAACGCGGUCUUCCACCUUGCCAUGGCAAAUGAUUCCUUACAUGGCUUGACAGAUGGAGUAUUCAUCUUUGAAGCUGUUUCCACAGAAGAUAGCAAAACCAUACAGGGCUAUGACGCUAUUGUUGUGGAACAAUGGACAGUCCUGGAAGGUGCUGAGGUGCAGACAGACUAUGUACCGCUGCUGAACUCACUAGCAGCCUAUGGCUGGCAGCUUACCUGUGUGCUACCCACUCCCGUUGUCAAGACUACCAGGGAAGGCAGCGUAUCCACGAAGCAGAUCGUCUUUCUCCAGAGACCGUGUCUACCUCAGAAAAUCAAGAAGAAGGAAUCCAAGUUUCAGUGGCGAUUCUCCCGGGAUGAGAUGCACAGCAGGCAGAUGAGGAAAUCCAAAGGGAAAUUCAGAGACAAACGCCACACAGAAGAAAAAGAGAAGAAUCUCGAAGACCAGUUUUCCAAAGGUGGCGACAUGGGAAACUGUGUGUCCGGUAGGCAGCGGAAGGGCGGAGCCUGCGAGCUGAUGACGGGCCCUGUGCCGGAGGCCAGGGGAGAAGGGCAAGGUGGGGGCACCGUGCAGAACGGUCCUGCGGGUCACAGCAGGGCCCCAGCAGCCCCCCAGUGCUCUGAUCCCGCAGAGGAGGCUGAAGUUACUGCAGAGCUCGCUCCAGUGGAGGGAAACUGAGUCCUGGGCACUCUGCACCAAUGCUUCUUAAGCUGGCAGAACCCCAGGCCUCUGCCCAGCUGGUUUGCCCUGGUGUUCUGUGUUACCCUUUGGCUUGACCUCUCCCUGUGAGCUCAUCUGGGCCUUCUGAGGGCCGGUCCCUGAUAGUUUUGGUUUUUGCACAUCCAUUGACCUAGUGUUAGAAUGAGAGGUCAGCUUAUUUCUUCUAGACCUCAGGGCUGGAGGCCCAGCCCAGCUCCCCAACUCCUCCCAAAGGAGGCCUGGACCAUCCAGUGCCUGUAUCACCCCUAAAGCCUUCAGGGCAACUUGGGUCAAAUCCAUGGACAUUUCUGGCUGUUCUUCACUCCCCUAGCCUGCCAGGCAGUAUCCACCGCCUCUCACUCAGUGCAGCUACUUGGAGACUCUGAACAAGCCUUGGAGCCCCACGGCUGCCCUGCUCCACCUAAACGCUGCACUCCCAAAUGCUUUGGCAAAGAUGACAUAGGAAAGGGUGGCAGGCAGCCUCCUGCUUCUCUCAAAGCAGUCCUAUAGAUAUUGGUAACCUGGAAAGGGAGCGGUAAUUCUGUGUGCACCUGCUCUUGCAGAAUGUUCAAGAAAAAGUAUUGUGUUAGUAUUAAUGCCAAAAAAAAAACUUUUUUAAAGAUUUUGUAUUCAGCACAUCUUAUGAACGAACACACGUUCCUGUCAUUUCAGGGCAUUCAGACUGGCUGGGUGCCCUUGUUCUGUGCUAUUUUAAUCAGUGUAUCAUUGGCCAAAUUGUUACCAUGUAUGCUGUGUCUAUGUUUAUGUUGUCCAGAAAGUAUUGUUUAAGGCUUUAAGUAGAUGCAUCUGGCAAACCUUGGAGAGAGAGAGAAUGCCAUUGUUUUGGCGGAAACAACAGCCUGUCUCUUCUCUUUCUUGUUUAGUUACUUAAAGCAAUAAAUCAUCUGAGUUUAA